AUGGAAUUUUUCGGAAUCACUUCACAUGGGCCUCAAAAUUAUAUAAAAGAGUGCUUACGGGAAAUAUAUAAGGAGCCAAUGACAAAAAAAGAUUGUGUAAAUUUAAUGAAAAUAAUUGAACAACAAUCCUUACUUCCCAAAACGAUCCAGAGACCUGAUGUUAAUACUAUUAGAUUCAUUGACUGCUACAUUGGGAGAGUGAAUGGAUUUGCAUUAGGAUCGAUUGAGAUAUUUAAAAAAAUGAAAAGGAAAGGUGUGAUUAAACCAGUUGGCCCUUCUGAUAUGUACAGAAUACCCAUAACUACUUCUAUAGAGUAUGGGUGGUGGAUGCAAGAUGCAGAAGUGACGAAUGCUUCGUGGUAUAAAUUAGAAAAAAGAUACCCACAACCAGCUUCACCGAACACAUUAAUACUAGAUAAAGUUCGAAAAAAUAAUAAAUAUGCUUCGCUAUUUUAA